UGCGCACUUUACGCGCAGUUCAUCGCUAAGGAAGAAGAGGGAAGGAAAAUGUCACUCGCGAGCUUUUUGCCGGCGCCGACCCAGCUGUCACAAGACCAGCUGGAGGCAGAGGAGAGGCUCCGGGCCUUGAAAUCCUACUCCACCGCUCUGGUAUCGUCCCGCAGAGAGCCCCCUCCAUACGGACACAGAAAAGGCUGGGUGCCACGCGCUCUUGAGGACUUUGGAGAUGGAGGAGCUUUCCCAGAGAUCCAUGUGGCUCAGUUUCCUCAGGAAAUGGGCAGGAAGAAGAGGACAUCCAAUGCCCUGGCAGUGCAGGUGGAUGCAGAAGGAAAGAUUAAAUAUGAUGCCAUCGCCAGACAAGGACAGGGAAAAGAUAAGGUGGUCUUCAGUAAGUACACUGACCUGCUUCCAAAGGAAGUUCUUAAUGAAGAUGCUGCAGGACUACAGAGGCCUGACGAGGAAGCUGUACAAGAGCUGACAGAGAAGACUCGCUCUGCCCUGGAAAAACAGGUGUCUCAGAAGAUUGCUGCUGCCAUGCCUGUAAGAGCUGCAGACAAACAAGCUCCUGCACAAUACAUCAGAUACACCCCCUCCCAGCAGGGGGUGGCUUUUAAUUCAGGGGCCAAACAGAGGGUGAUCCGUAUGGUGGAAAUGCAGAAAGACCCCAUGGAACCUCCUCGUUUUAAAAUCAAUAAGAAGAUUCCUCGAGGACCACCUUCUCCCCCUGCUCCUGUCAUGCAUUCUCCAAGCAGAAAGAUGACAGUCAAGGAGCAGCAGGAGUGGAAGAUUCCUCCAUGCAUAUCCAACUGGAAGAACGCUAAGGGUUACACCAUCCCUCUUGACAAACGUCUGGCUGCUGAUGGAAGGGGUCUGCAAACCGUUCACAUUAACGAGAACUUUGCCAAACUGGCCGAGGCCCUUUAUAUUGCUGACAGAAAGGCCAGAGAGGCGGUGGAGAUGAGAGCCCAGGUGGAGAAGAAGAUGGCUCAAAAGGAGAAGGAGAAGAAAGAAGAGAAACUCAGGGAGCUGGCUCAAAUGGCUCGAGACCACAGGGCAGGAAUCAAAAGCCACGGUGACAAAGGUGGUGAGGACAGCGAAGCGAGGGAUCGUGACGUGAUCCGCCAGGACAGGAGGAAAGACAGACAGCACGAAAGAAACAUUUCCAGGGCAGCUCCUGAUAAGAGAUCGAAGCUACAGAGAGAUCAGGACAGAGACAUCAGUGAGCUCAUUGCUCUGGGGAAACCCAACCCUCGUUCCUCCAGUGAGGCUCAGUAUGACCAGCGGCUCUUCAAUCAGAACAAGGGUAUGGAUAGCGGUUUUGCUGGCGGUGAAGAUGAAACGUACAACGUGUACGACCAGCCGUUCCGCAGCGGCAGAGACAUGGCCUCCAACAUCUACAGGCCUACCAAGAACAUCGACAAGGACGCCUACGCAGAUGACUUUGACUCACUCAUGCGGAACAACAGGUUUGCUCCAGACAAAGAGUUCUCAGGCGCCGACCACGGUCAGAGGCGGGAAGGACCAGUCCAGUUUGAGAAGGAUGAAGAUCCCUUCGGUCUGGACAAGUUCUUGGAGCAAGCCAAGCAGCACGGCGGCAGCUCCAAGAGGCCAUCCACCAGCAACCGCUCCAAGGAUGACUAUCACGACAAGAAACGCAGGAAGGAGUGAGAGCAGCUGCGAGCAGAGUCUGCAUAUAACAGCUGAUGGACUAUUAGAUGAUGAGAGGGUAGUUGUAUCACCUGCUCUGUGGCUCAGUGAAAUUGUACUAUAGUUCAAUCAUAAAAACUUGAGGGAUUUUUUUUCCAGACCUUCAGUAAGACCAUGAUGAUGGAUUGUGUGAAAUUUUGUUUUAUUUGUCCCCCUUUUCUCCCUUUGUUUUUUCCACAGCUGUCACUUGGCUCUUUUAAUCUAUGCUGAAAUUCAAGUGUUGAGCCGCGUGUGAUAUAAAUGGACAAGUGGGGUUAAGAUGAUGUAAAAUCUUCAUUAGUGUGUACAGUGCAGCCGAUGAUAUUACAGAUGUGGCCUGUGAUAUUUGGCCUCUGGAAGUGUACUAUUAGGUUGUUUUUGUUUUCUUUAUACAAGUACUAUUAAAAAGUUACAAAUGAACCUCAACAGCAACUGUUAGUGUGGGAUUUGGGGGGUUUUAUUUUAACAAUUCUUAUUUUCACCUCCCAUCUUUUACUUUUCGUGAGCUUGUUUUAUUUAAACCCCUGGUGUAUUUCUUUACAUACAGUGCAUAGAAAUUGUACAUCGUUAUAAACGUACCCAGAGGAUGUAAAGCAGACCAGCUCUGUGUAUCUUGUACAUUAUUAUAAGUACAAUUAAUUUCAUAUAACGUCUAAUUGAGUGGUUAUUUUUUAAUGAGUAAACGCUUUUGUAUUUACUCAAUCUGAAUUUUGACUCGCUAGUUUUUCCAGUCCAGGAGUUGCUUAAAAAAGUUAAAUUACAGUGGAAAGUUCAUUAGUUUUGUAAUUGUAGUUGCUCAUUGUAGAUUCCCAUUACUUUAAUUAUUUCCUGACUAAUGCAGCCCAUUAAAACGGAUGAUUAAAGGCCUGAAGUGCAUUCAGAAAAGCCAUCAAUUACAAAGCCUGAGUAGUUGCACUUUUUUUUUUUUCCUAGAAAGUGGUCCUCAGAUUUCUGUGAUGAUUACACCAGAGCUGGUUUAAUUAAUUACAAUUAAUUUUGAUUUA